AUGCUUCUGGAUCGUGGCGACGCUGUGGGGCGUCAGCUGCACGGACCCCACGCAGAGACUGGUGAGUGCACUGUCCAGCCGCAUCGCUCUGUGCUCUGCCCCUGCUGCAACAUGUGUUCCAUGAGGCUGAACGAGAAAAGGAAAAUGUUGAGGGUCAAAAAUUUGAACCUGGGCCUGAGCCUGAGCCUGAGCCUGGGCCUGGGCCUGGGCCUGAGCCUGGGCCUGGGCCUGAGCCUGGGCCUUAGCCUGAGCCUGAGCCUGAGCCUGGGCCUGGGCCUUAGCCUGAGCCUGAGCCUGAGCCUGGGCCUGGGCCUUAGCCUGAGCCUGAGCCUGAGCCUGAGCCUGAGCCUGAGCCUGAGCCUGAGCCAGGGCCUGAGCCUGGGCCUGACGGUGACUGUUCUGUGUCUGCAGGAGAUCCUCCUCCAGAACCUGUACCUGCUGAUGGUCCUGGCCCUGACCAACCUCCACCAGUUGGUGCAGCCCUUGCGCACUGCGUGGCACAGACCACCGCAGCCCUUCAUCCCUUUGUUUGUCUUGUUUGUUUUGACGCUGUUCUUUCCCAUCCCUCUGGUGCUGGUGAUCUGGCAGCACCACGACUGGAGCAUCUGGCUGUCCGCGGCCACCACCUCCACUAUCCACCUCUUUUUGCAGGUGCUCCAGUUUCCCCCACAGGCCGAUAAAGUCACAUGUCUGUCCGUGCAGGUGCUGCUGGGCCUCUGCGGCUCCGUGGUCGUGAGAAGCAUCCAGAACACUGACCAGAGGGACUGUGAGGUGUCCAGGGCCCUCUCGCUGCAGCACCUGAUGAUGAUGGUGUUUGGCGCGUUGAUGGCGGCUAUAAACGCCUACGGCUUCAUGUUUGACUCCAGGCGUUUCAGUCACCUCCUCCUGAUGUCUCUGCACAUAUGCAGCCACAUCUUCCUUCGGAUGAACGAUUACCGGUCGGAGAUGGAGAAAUACCGGAGGUUGAAGAGGAGUAUGGUAAGCAGAGUGACGUGGCACGUGACACUGACAGAGGCGCAGCUCCAGCUCAUUGAUGACGUGUGCAGCGUCUGUCUGCUGCCGUUCAGCCCGGACUGUUCCCUCACGCCCUGUUUGCACUACUUCCACUUCGAGUGUCUGCGUAGGUGGCUCUCCAGGCACAAAACCUGCCCCAAGUGCUCCAGCUAUGUGGAGAAGGGGAAGGUGCAAUGGGACGAGAUCGAGAGGCUAGGUGAGCAGGGCGAGGGGCCGCAGGUGGGGCCACGUGAGCAGGGCGAUGAGCCGCAGGUGGAGCCACGUGAGCAGGGCGAUGGGCCGCAGGUGGGGCCACGUGAGCAGGGCGAGGGGCCGCAGGUGGGGCCACGUGAGCAGGGCGAGGGGCCGCAGGUGGGGCCACGUGAGCAGGGCGAGGGGCCGCAGGUGGGGCCACGUGAGCAGGGCGAGGGGCCGCAGGUGGGGCCACGUGAGCAGGGCAAUGGGCCGCAGGUGGGGCCACGUGAGCAGGGCGAUGGGCCGCAGGUGGGGCCACGUGAGCAGGGCGAGGGGCCGCAGGUGGGGCCACGUGAGCAGGGCGAGGGGCCGCAGGUGGGGCCACGUGAGCAGGGCGAGGGGCCGCAGGUGGGGCCACGUGAGCAGGGCGAGGGGCCGCAGGUGGAGGCACGUGAGCAGGGCGAGGGGCCGCAGGUGGAGGCACAUUUCUGA